GGCAGGUCGGCCCGAGACGCUGCCUGAGCGAUCCGAAGUCUCCCGUGGCUCAGACACGCGGUGUGCGCCAUGGCCGCCUGGGGCGGCCUUGUGCCGAGGCAGCGCCGCCGUGGUGCCGCUGCGGGGCCGGCAUCAACUCCGGGCCUUCACAUGCUGGCCCGCUGCGCGGAAGCCUAUGUGGAGGACAGCGGCUACCUCGGCGCCGUGGACGCGCUGGAGGCCGUGUCGGAGGCGUGCGCCUGGGCCGAGGCGAGGGGCCGGGAUUGGCUCUUCCUGGCGCGUCUGGAGGAUGCGUCGACGACGUUGCGGUGCUGCAGCGCACCCUCAUGUCCCGCUCGCAGGUUCCUGCACGCGUCUCUUUGUGGCCACCGGGAGCUGGGCGCGGGAGAGCGCGAGCUCCGCUGGCGCGAGGGCGCGGCGGCGCACCUGCGGCACCACUUCGACGCCAGGCUGCUGCGCAGGUGCGCCGGCGCCGCCCCCGAGGAGGAGGCGGCGGGCGGGAGCGGCGGCCCGGGAGGAGGCCGAGAGCCGCUGGAGGGCGCCCUGUGCCGCUACCUGCGCUGGCGCGCGGCGCCGUGCGGCGGCGGGCUCUCCCUGCUGCCGCCCGCGGCCCCGGCCCCGGACGAGGUUCGCGUCGUGUCGACCAGCGGCGACCUCGCCGCCGGCGUGCAGCGUGGAGCGCCGCCUGCAGCCUCGAGUCGGCCGAUGUUGAACGACCUGAUGUUUCGGAAACGGCCGAUCGCUCAAGGCUGAACGAUCCCCGCGGUGUAUGGAGCCAACGCCGUUGUCGGCUCAACGCGAAGCCGAGGCGGUCGCAGCCGUGGCGACGAC